UGAGGUGAAGCGUUGCGGGACAGUUGAGGGGAGCAGAGAGGAGAGGAGCAGUCCAGGACGCACGGAGCUCAUCCGUCAACCAGUAGGAGGAUCCACACUAACAACUCUUAUGGCUGCUUGAGAAACAACCUCACACAUCCCCCUUCUCCCCCUCUUUUUUAUUUUCUCUGGGACUUUUGACUUGGUUGGAGUUUGAGUCCUGAGCACAACUUGUUGCAGGUUGAACCAGUUGCUGUGUGAACUGAGAAGAGAAGCCACUCUCCGUGGAGGCGCAAGCGGUCAUGGAUACACGCAUCAGAUGGAGACUUAAACGGAGGAGAAGAGACCUUCAUCUCUCUGUAGCCGUCAUUCUGCUUUUUGUGGUGUCGAGUGCAAGUUCAGCAGAACCAGCUGACCUCUUGAAGAUUUUAGAUUUUCACAAUUUACCUGAGGGCGUUACAAAAACAACGGGUUUCUGCUCACAUCGAAGGUCAUCACAAGGACCUGAUGUGGCUUACAGAGUAUCCAGAGAUGCCCAGCUCAGUGCCCCCACAAAACAGCUUUACCCAGGAGAUGCCUUCCCUGAGGAUUUCUCCAUAAUGGCCACGGUAAAACCCAAGAAGGGCAGCCAGUCCUUCCUGUUGUCUGUUUACAAUGAGCAGGGCAUCCAGCAGCUGGGACUGGAAGUGGGACGCUCCCCUGUCUUCCUGUACGAGGACCACACUGGCAAACCCAGCCCAGAGGACUACCCCCUCUUCAGAGGAGUGCACCUAGCUGAUGGAAAGUGGCAUCGAGUGGCCAUUAGUGUGCAUAAGCAGACCAUCACCCUCAUUUUGGACUGUAAAAAGAAGACCACUCAGAAGCUGCUUCGGGACCCACACUCCAUCAUUGAUACCAAAGGAAUUAUAGUGUUUGGAACCAGGAUACUUGAUGAAGAAGUCUUUGAGGGAGACAUCCAGCAGCUAAUGAUUGUAGCAGACCACCGUGCUGCGUAUGACUACUGUGAGCACUACAGCCCCGACUGUGAAGUGUCAGUACCUGACCAGCCACAGAACCAGGACCCCAAUACAGAUGCAAAAACAGAUGAAUAUCCUACAGAAGGAAACUACUAUUAUGAAUAUCCUUAUUAUGAUGACAUUGAAGGGAAGCCUUAUGAUUCAACCUCCGAAACGGAGACGGUCACAACAAAAUUUGAGGUUGUAGGUGCCGAUAAUGUGGUGAGCACUGUGAAAGAAGUUGUGAGAGGCGGUUCUGGUGGUACUGGCUCUGCUGCCAUCUCCACCAGCUCUUCAUCCAGUUCAUCAUCCAGCUCAUCUUCAGUUAAUCAAGGAGAAGAAACUUACCGAGAUGAGAACACCCCCUACGACAGCUAUGAUGCCUACAACAACUAUUACUAUGAUGAAUCUACCGCUGCACCUGGAGGUGACACCUCUCGCCGAAUCACAAUUACCAGUACUGGCACUGGGGGUGAGCUGGAUUUAGGAGCAGGAGGCAAGGUGGAUCUGGAAGCUGGUUCAGAAAUCAAUGAGAAGGUCAUCACCACUGGUGGAGCAAACACAAUAACAGUCAUCAGCAACAAAACAAAAGUUGAAAGUUCCUACAGUGACUACAGUGAUGUGUAUGAUUAUGGAGUGGAUGGGUACUACACAACUGGUGAAGGAGGGGACAGCAGCAGUUCUACCGUCACCAUCGGUGGUGGCUCAACUGGAGGUGGCGGUUCCGUAUCUGUCAGCAGUGGUUCUGUUUCUGUAGGAGGUGGUUCUGUAUCUUCCGGUGGGGGUUCCGUGUCUGUAGGUGGAGGUUCUACAUCUGUGGGAGGAUCUUCUACCACUGGUGGCGGAUCAUCCAGCACUGGAACCAGUGGGUCCACCUCCACCAAGACAGGAGACGAUUACUACCCAGAUCUGGAAAAGUUCAAGGAAGAAGACAUCACUGACUAUGGUGAUUUAGGAAAUGUUGACAUGUACGAAGAAUACGACGGCAAAGUGCUGCCUGCUGAGACUGAUGAGUACUACGGACAGGUGGAUGGAGCUCGUGGUGAGAAAGGACAGAAGGGAGAACCCGCUGUUAUUGAGCCUGGAAUGCUGUUGGAAGGUCCGCCAGGGCCUGAGGGGCCAACGGGUCUUCCUGGACCCCCAGGUCCUUCUGGCCCACCAGGCGGUCCUGGAGAUUCUGGAGAGAGGGGUCUACCGGGUCGUCCUGGCCUUCCUGGUGCUGAUGGUCUGCCAGGACCCCCUGGAACUGUCCUGAUGCUGCCUUUCAGACUCAGUUCUGGAGGGGAUUCUGGACAGAAGGGACCAGCUGUUUCAGCGCAAGAGGCCCAAAUGCAAGCCAUCAUGCAGCAGGCCCGGCUCGCCAUGCGUGGCCCCACCGGUCCAAUGGGUUUGACCGGAAGACCUGGUCCUCUGGGCCCCCCUGGUGUAUCAGGACUGAAAGGAGAGUCUGGAGAAGCUGGACCUCAGGGACCACGUGGACCUAUGGGAUCUGCUGGACCUCCUGGAAAGCCUGGCAGGAGGGGUCGGUCUGGUUCUGAUGGUGCCAGAGGAAUGCCUGGCCAGACUGGACCGAAGGGAGACAGAGGGUUUGAUGGUCUGGCUGGACUUCCUGGUGAAAAAGGCCACAGAGGAGAACCCGGCCCCUCUGGACCUCCUGGUGCUCCAGGAGAAGAUGGAGAGAGGGGGGAUGAUGGAGAGAUCGGACCCAGGGGACUUCCUGGUGAACCAGGGCCUCGUGGUUUGCUUGGACCAAAAGGACCCCAGGGACCCCCUGGACCACCUGGUGUUGGUGGAAUGGACGGCCACCCUGGACCCAAAGGAAACAUUGGAGCUGAUGGUGUGCGCGGCCUCAAAGGAAACAAAGGUGAAAAGGGUGAAGACGGCUUCCCUGGCUUUAAGGGAGACAUGGGGAUCAAAGGUGACAGGGGAGAACUUGGACCAGCUGGACCCAGAGGAGAAGAUGGUCCAGAGGGGCCAAAAGGUCGCUCUGGGCUCCCAGGGGAUGCGGGUCCACUUGGCCCUAAUGGUGAAAAGGGUAAACUUGGAGUUCCUGGAUUACCCGGAUACCCAGGGAGACAAGGACCAAAGGGAUCUCAGGGUUUCCAAGGCUUCCCGGGCGCUAACGGAGAGAAAGGAUCUCGGGGAACAGGAGGAAAGCCUGGCCCGCGUGGACAGAGGGGACCAACGGGACCUCGAGGAGAAAGAGGACCAAGAGGACCAACAGGGAAAGCUGGGCCCAAAGGUAACUCAGGAAAUGAUGGCCCACCAGGACCUCCGGGUGAGAGGGGCUUACCAGGACCUCAGGGACCAACAGGAUUUCCAGGACCAAAGGGCCCACCUGGACCUCCAGGAAAAGACGGACUGCCAGGACAUCCUGGUCAGAGAGGAGAAACUGGAUUCCAAGGAAAGACGGGUCCUCCUGGUCCUCCGGGUGUGGUCGGACCUCAGGGACCAACGGGUGAAACUGGACCAAUGGGAGAUCGGGGCCACCCUGGACCUCCAGGCCCACCUGGUGAGCAUGGUCUGCCUGGCCCUGCAGGGAAAGAAGGCGCUAAGGGAGACCCUGGUCCUGCUGGCCCAGCAGGUAAAGAUGGCCCCCCUGGGCAAAGAGGUUUCCCUGGAGACAGAGGUCUUCCCGGUCCUGUGGGGGCUCAUGGACUGAAAGGGAACGAGGGUCCACAAGGCCCACCUGGUCCAGCUGGUUCUCCUGGUGAGCGGGGUCCUGCUGGUCCAGCUGGCCCUACAGGUCUGCCUGGACGUUCUGGUCCUCAAGGACCUCCAGGCCCUGCUGGAGAGAAAGGUGGACCUGGAGAGAAAGGACCUCAAGGCCCAGCUGGAAGAGAUGGUAUUCAGGGACCUGUGGGUCUACCAGGACCUGGAGGACCCCCUGGACCACCUGGAGAGGAUGGAGACAAGGGAGAGCUUGGAGAACCAGGACAGAAAGGAAGUAAAGGUGACAAAGGCGAACAUGGUCCACCUGGUCCUACUGGCCCUCAAGGCCCUGUUGGAGCUCCAGGUCCAGCUGGUGCAGAUGGAGAGCCAGGUCCCAGAGGUCAGCAGGGUAUGUUUGGUCAGAAAGGAGAUGAAGGGUCCAGAGGUUUUCCAGGACCUCCAGGUCCAGUUGGGCUGCAGGGUCUGCCUGGUCCACCCGGGGAGAAAGGUGAAACUGGAGACGUUGGUCAGAUGGGCCCACCUGGCCCUCCUGGUCCCAGAGGUCCCUCAGGACCCCCAGGAGCUGAUGGCCCUCAGGGACCUCCUGGUGGUAUUGGAAACCCUGGAGCUGUGGGGGAAAAGGGAGACGCUGGUGAAACAGGAGAACCAGGUCUUCAGGGAGAAGUUGGCCCACCAGGUCCAAGAGGAGAGCGAGGAGAAAAGGGAGAGGGUGGUCCUGCUGGUGCUGCUGGACCUCCUGGUCCUAAAGGUCCCCCUGGAGAUGAUGGCCCCAAAGGCAGCCCUGGUCCAAGUGGCUUCCCUGGAGACCCAGGCCCACCUGGAGAGCCUGGUCCAGCUGGUUUAGAUGGUCCACCUGGUGACAAGGGAGAUGAUGGAGAGGCCGGUCAGCCAGGUUCACCUGGACCCACUGGAGAGUCUGGUCCCUCUGGACCACCAGGAAAGAGAGGACCACCUGGAGCACCAGGACCUGAGGGAAGGCAGGGAGAGAAAGGAGCCAAGGGAGAGUCUGGUCUAGAAGGUCCACAAGGAAAGACAGGUCCUGUUGGCCCUCAAGGAUCACCUGGAAAACCUGGUUCUGAAGGGCUCAGGGGUAUCCCUGGUGCAGUUGGUGAACAAGGCCUGCCUGGGUCUCCAGGCCCAGACGGACCUCCUGGACCCAUGGGCCCUCCUGGUUUACCGGGCCUAAAAGGAGACAGUGGUGUUAAAGGAGAAAAGGGUCAUCCAGGUCUUAUUGGUCUUAUUGGACCCCCAGGUGAACAGGGAGAAAAGGGUGACAGAGGUCUUCCAGGACCCCCAGGAACCUCAGGUCCAAAAGGAGACAAUGGUAUUGCAGGACCUACUGGUCCACUUGGUCCCAUCGGUCCUCCUGGUUUACCUGGUCCCCCAGGUCCCAAAGGGGCUAAAGGGUCAUCUGGUCAAACUGGUCCAAAAGGAGAGAGUGGUUCACCGGGACCCCCUGGUCCUCCUGGCCCUCCUGGUGAUGUCAUCCACCCGCUCCCCAUCCAGGCUUCUAUUAAGGGCAGAACCCGGAGGAACAUUGAUGCCAGCCAGCUGAUGGAUGAUGCUGCUGCGGAUACUAACUACAAGGACUACGAUGAUGGCAUGGAAGAGAUCUUUGGUUCUCUCAACUCCCUGAAGUUAGAGAUCGAGCAGAUGAAGCAUCCACUGGGCACACAAAGCAACCCUGCUCGCACCUGCAAGGACCUACAGCUCUGCCACCCUGAAUUCCCUGAUGGUGAAUACUGGAUUGAUCCAAACCAGGGUUGCUCGCGGGACUCCUUCAAGGUUUACUGCAACUUCACAGCAGGUGGAGAGAGCUGCAUCUACCCAGACAAGAAGUCUGAAGGGAGCAAAAUGGCAAAAUGGCCCAAAGACACCCCAGGAUCUUGGUAUAGUCACUACAAGAGAGGUUCCCUGCUUUCCUAUGGAGAUGCAGAAGGAAACCCCAUUGGCGUGGUUCAAAUGACUUUCCUGAGGUUGCUGAGUGCAGCAGCCCGCCAGAACAUGACAUACAACUGUUACCAGUCAGUGGCGUGGCACGACCAGGAGCAGGACAGCUAUGACAAGGCCAUCCGCUUCCUGGGCUCCAAUGAUGAGGAGAUGUCUUAUGAUAACAACCCCUACAUCCGUGCGUUGGUCGAUGGCUGCGCGCUGAAAAAAGGCUAUGAAAAGACAGUACUUGAGAUCAACACGCCGAAGGUGGAGCAGGUGCCAUUUGUGGACAUCAUGUUCAACGAUUUUGGCAGUUCCACGCAGAAGUUUGGAUUCGAAGUGGGACCUGUCUGUUUCAUAGGCUAAGGCUGAGCAAACGGAGAAAAAAAAGCCUAAUUUUGUUUUCUCAGAAAGAAAGAACGAAUGAAAGAAAAAACUUUUGACAAAGAAUGGGACGACCCUAUUUGUAAAAACUGUUUCCAUAAAGCAACACAUAUGCAAAACAAAAUUCUGUCAAGAAUAUGGCAAAAUUCGAAAGGAAUAGAGCGGAUAUAACCUUGAAACCUCAGUGUGCCUUCUCCAUCAUAUGCAAGUUUUGAAACUGGAUUUCAGAUCCUCCCCACCCCCAUGCAUCAACACUUGAUUUCAUCCCAAACCAUGAAAGCGACUCUAAGAGCUGCAGCCGUUGCAGAUGGUCGCAGUAUUUGCCAUGGACUCCUUCUGAUUUGGCUCGUUUCUUUUCUUUAGUUCUGAUCUCAUGUUUUAUGUUGCCACCUGUCCGUCUUUGGUUUGUUUGCUCGCUCACC